AUGACCGGCAUGGUUCAGACUGACCUAGCCCACCCAUCGACGUCCAAAUACAAAGACGAGCCUGCUGACGACCAUAGACUCGGCAAUAAGCUAGAGAUCCUGGACUCUUGGGCCUGUACUCAAGAACUGUCGUCAGUUAUACCACCUAUCUUUCCAGUCCUGACCACAGAGAGCUCCAUCCAUGGCUUCGGCACCCUGGGCAUCAAGGCCCGCCACAUCUUCAACUUCAACAUCCAAGACCAGCGAGUCUUGUCCAACAUCAAAAACACCCCAACUCCCCUCUUCAGCCCAGUGCAAGUCUAUCUUCUGGAUCAUACGCUCCCCACGGUCUGGGAAACGGAGUUCUACACCAUCAGAACCCGUACGGACCACCCACGCAAGAACCAGCGUAUUACGCAUCCCAUCCUCCAUAUACAGCAGCAAGUGCACCAGCACAGUAUCCCUCAAGUGAUCGACUCGCCAAUCGUUUCGGAAAUCCCAUCCGGGCCGUUUUCUUUCGUCACUGACUCGUUGCCAGGACCCCCUGAAAUGAUGGCAACAACCACGCACAUGCAGAGGCCUUACCCUCCAAUCUACCAAACACCACAAUCCGGUUCUCCAGCAUCGGUAACCUCUCAGUCCCAUGAGCAGCACAGCCGGAAUCUUUACAGUCAAUCACCACAGAUGGCAUCGCAGAUGUAUGGCUACCAGCCAUAUUCCCCUAUAAACCCCGUGCAGCCUUCACCGUAUGCACACACCUCGUCACAGCACCCUCUCACGUCUCAGUCGAUGAUAUUGCCUCACCAGACCAGUUCUGCGCCGAUACCCCAUACCCAGGCACCAACUGUCACCAUGGCGGCUAGCCCCAAUACAGUUACGGCUCAUCAACAGCCGACGCCUCCACAAAGGACGGUGCUGAACCCUCCACUUCCUGCAGCGACCAGCGGCCCAAUCCCUCCAAGCGGUGUGCAUCAUCAAAACUCAGCGAUAGGAGCAAGCACUAGCGCUGCACCAGGCCCCAUUCCGGCCACCACCCCACUGGUCGUACGCCAGGACAGCAACGGCGUCCAAUGGAUUGCUUUUGAGUACUCUCGAGAUCGUGUGAAGAUGGAAUAUACCAUCCGUUGCGAUGUUGAAUCCGUUAACGUGGAUAGCCUCAGCCAGGAAUUCAAGACGGAGAAUUGCGUCUAUCCUCGAGCCUGCUGCAGUAAGGACCAAUACAGAGGUAACAGACUAGUCUACGAAACAGAAUGUAAUGCUGUGGGAUGGGCUUUGGCAGAGCUUAACCCAGCAUUGAGGGGGAAACGGGGUUUAAUUCAGCGUGCUGUUGACAGCUGGAGGAAUAGCAAUCAAGAUCCCCGACUUCGAAGCAGGCGUGUGAGAAGAAUGGCCAAGAUGAAUAGACGGCAAGGGCUCCCAGCACAGCCGCCUGCUCACAUGGCCACUACUUCACCUGUUGCACCCGGUGUUCCCAGUGCUGUGCUAACAGCUCCCGGCCCACGUCCGUCAUUGGGUCCUCUAGCCAUGGGCCCUCCACAACUGCAUCACCACCACGCUCAACCCGAGGGAAAUACGAGUAAUGAGGAAGUAAGCGGUACCGCUGAUUUUGCGAAUGGUACCAAUCGUCCACCUGCCUCGGACAGUCAUCCGACCCCUGGGCAUUCACCUACGGAGAUUCGCACUGCCCAGGUAUUCCACGGCUUCCCUGCCUUUCCGCCUCCUGUAGGUGGUGCUCGGCCUUCAAUACCCCCCCUCAUUCGAGAUAGUGGGAUCGCCACCCUUGGGCGGCACCCAGCUGUUGCGACAUCUUCAAGCAAGGUCGAGGAAGUCGAGGACGACGAUGACGAUGAGCACAACCCAAGCAAUGAUGCUUUGUUCGGCGUAUUUCCUGAGGGCAAGCGCCGCAAAUUUAUACUCGUCGACGAUAAUCAGCGGGGUUGCCGCGUUCGUGUGAAAGUUAUGCUGGAUCAGGUGGACAUGAAUGAAAUCCCCGACUCAUAUCGAAUGUCGAACUCCGUCUACCCUCGAACAUACUUCCCCGUUCAGAUGAAGAACCCCCCCGGCCGAGUCGUCCCUGGCAAGAGAUACAUCAAGGAUGAGAAUGACACGGAUGAUGAGGAUACCCCCACUGUCGGCCGCAUUCUGGUCCCAGCUCCCAGUAUCGACGGAGAUAGUGAAGUUGCUGUCCCAAAACUGUCUCGAGCACGUCGAAAGAAUGAAGUCUUACUGAACGACCUGGGUUAUCGGAUGAGUUGGAGCCAAAGUCGUGUGUUCGCUGGGCGCAUGCUAUUCCUGCAGCGAUCUCUUGACGCGUAUCGGAACAAAAUGCGCAGCACUAUGCUGGCUGCGGGCCAGGAACCGACUGCAAUCCCCCGGCACUUCGAAACCCGAGCCGGAAAACGAAGAUUCCUUGAGCGCAAAAGACGAACAACAGCUCCUCUGGGCCGGACCAGUGGGGCAAAUACAUACUCUGCAUCCCGACGCAGCGCAGAGGAAGUUGAGGCUUAG